AUGGAGACCAACUUGUCAAAAACGAUCACUCUCCGUCCAUUCAGGCUAUCCGACGCUGAUGAUCUCAUCACAUACGGGGGCGAUGAGCAAGUGACGCGUGUCCUCCGGGGCUGGAAAAAGUUGACAACCAGAGAUGAGGCGUUGACUUUCAUAAAGGAUGUUUGCAUCCCCCACCCUUGGCGCCGGUCAAUAUGCAUCGAUGACCGUUCUAUCGGGUUCGUGAGCAUGUAUCCAGGAUCAGACAAUGAUAGGUACAGGGCAGACAUGGGGUAUGCUAUAGCUGCAAAGUACUGGAGCCAAGGCAUAACCACCAAGGCAGUUAAGAUGGCCCUGUCUCAAGUUUUCAAAGACUACCCUGAUUUGUUGAGGCUGCAGUCUUUUGUGGAUGUAGAGAAUAAGGCCUCUCAGAGGGUUUUAGAGAAAGCUGGGUUUCAGAGGGAGGGUGUGUUGAGGAAAUAUCUUUAUUUUAAGGGAAGUAUUAAGGAUAUGGUUGUCUAUAGUUUUCUCUCAACAGAUUAG